AUGUCGCCAAGUGAAAGUUUUCUGCAAAUUAUGCGCUUUGUGCGCUCCGUGAAAAGAUGUCUGGGAGUCGAUAUCUAUGUUAAGUAUUAUCGUAUGAACAUUUGGACGGCAAUGUGUAUCACAGCUUGCGUAAUAUACGGCGGAUUCACACUCAACACCGCGAUUAUUGAGAGGCAUUCGAAGUUCGCUUUCCAGGCACUGGUGAUGACCGGUCUCUGGUUUCAAGGAUGCAACAAGCUGUUUGUGUUUAUUUAUAAUGCACACAAUCUCUACGAAUUGAAUCAGAGUGCUUUAAAAGUCUAUCUCGAUUUCGAAAAUCAUUCGGAUCCCAGAUUUGCCAAGAAUCUGCAGGAGAAUUGCGACAGAUUGCGACGUGCUCUUAUUAUUGUGUUCACGUUCUAUUGCGUCGGCGUCAGUGGCAUGAUUAUCUUGCCCCUCACGGUCAAUAUGUUUACCGGGGAGCGUCACUUGAUCAUGCAGUUUUAUGUUCCGGGCAUUGAUCAUACGACUCAGUGGGGAUUUUGGAUAACGCAAGGCGUUCAUGUUUUUGUGCUGAUCGUUGGCGGCUUGGGAAUGUUUGCUGGUGAUUUGGUUAUGCUCGUGCAUCUAAUACAGGCAUAUAUAUUCAGGGAUAUACUGCGUCUCAAAAUCGACAUAUUCAACACGUUUGUCGAGGAGCCUGGCAAGCAAUCUGAUUCGGAUAUACAGAAAGGACUUGUCGACAUUAUGCAGUUUCAUCAGCUCUACUUGAGGUAA